GGUAGGAAUACGAAGACGAGUUAAGGUAGUCUCAUAUAGAAAGCACCGUAGAUACGAGACUGAUUGAACACGACUAUGUUUGAUCUCUCGGCUUUCCAGGUAUUAUUCCUUCGAGGUACGGGCGGCGGAUCUGGCGCCUCGUUGAUCGAGGCCUGCUUUUCAACCAUCCCAGUUCAGCAGAUAAAGUGAAGGAAGGAAUGGUGCCGCUUCGGAGUCGCGGCCGCGGGGUAAGAGGGAACCCGCAGGGGUUUGUUAUCUAUCCCCGAGUAACAACCCAGUCCGAGGGGACCCUGGUAUCUAUCCAUUGACCGUGCACAGUCGUCUCCAAGUGUUAUAAUAAUAGGGGCCUGACUACGUCAACCAGAGCUCGUCGUGUGCUAACGUGAUUGCAUCGUCUGCUGAGGACACACAUCCACAAGCAAUUAUGCGCUCGUCACUCUUUCUCGUGGGCCUAGCCCAUCGCGUCUUGGCCGAUAUCUCGCAAUGCAAGCUGGCCGCGCCGCCCAAUGUCGAUCUCAGCCUGGGCUUCACCUCCAUUUUUGACGGCGCGCCAAGCACGGGGGCACUCAACGGCUAUAUGCUGUUUGUGGAUUUUCCCGACUACCCAGCCCUUUCCGGCGAGACACCGGAGUCGCUGCGCGAUGUUUUCUUGCCCGAUGCCGCUGACUGGUACGAAACGGCGAGCUUCGGUCGCCUGACGCUCAACAUGUCGGCCGACACCUCGCGCUUCUACCGCAUGCCCGCCACGGCCGACUCGUAUGGCUGGAAGCGCGGGCUGACGUUCGAGGCGCACCAGGAGUACAUCCAGGACGCGAUCGAGGUGGCUGGGCUUGACAACAUACCGGCCGACGUUGAUGUGCUGUAUAUUACGACCACGGCCAAUGCUGCGGCCAUCUCCUUCAGCGUCAGCUUGGUCAGCGAGGUGGUUGAUCGCGAUAGCAAGCAACAUGUCGCCCGCCGCGCCGUUACCUUCGGAGUCGACGUCUACAAGACGUGGCACGCACGCACGCUCAAUCAUGAGACAGGCCACGCGAUGGGCCUGCCCGACUUGUACCCAUAUUCGGGCGGCGCAACGGGUCUGUACGUCGGCGGUUGGGACAUCAUGGGCUUGAUCAGUGGGGCGAGUCCGGAUUACUUUGGCUGGAGUAAGUGGUGGUUGGGCUGGCUGGACGACGCGCAGGUAGCAUGCGUGGCGGCGGCGGCGGCGGGGACUCCGGCGUCAGUCACACUGUCGCCAAUAGAGGUGCAAGGCGGGACUGGCCACAAGAUGGUGGUGGUGACCGGAACGAACAACACACAGAAGGUCCUGGUCGCCGAGGUGCGGUCAAGCAACCGCGGCGUCAACUCUGGCUUGGCAACGGCAGGAUGUGCUACAGGCGUGUUACUGUACACUGUGGAUGUUGGCGUGAGCACGGGCAACGGUCCAAUCCGGGUGCUGGACUCGACGCCCGGCUCGGGCGGCUGUGAUGGCGACGAGCUGAAUGACGCCGCACUGGUUCUCGAUGCUCCUGGACGGCCGAGCUCGUUCGCCUUCCCUGAGUUCGGCGUCGUCGUCUCUCUAAUCGGCAAGACUGACGACGACAUAUACGAGCUCGAAGUGGCUGUCCUGUAGGGGCUGAGUCGUUGUGCCUUCUACUCAUGACCUGAGAUUCAAGCGGUAUAACCCAGUAAUGAUAUACUGAGGCGUAUAUGGGUUCUUCGUUGUAAAUGAGGGGCGUACUUCUAGCAGAAGCUUUUGAGUCUGAGUUUUGGCCGAAUGAUAACCAGCCGUUCGCCUGAGU